GGUUUGCUGCAGUCUUUUCAACAGACGCUGAGUGAGAAAAAGAUGUCCUGUAAGAUAAAGAUUGAUUGGUUUAAACGCCGAGAGGGGUCUCCCACUUGUUAAUGAUCCAGAAACAUUCCUGCUGACUUCCCUGAGCCUUCUCUCAUUUCCUCCAUUUUUCUCUUCCUCUGUUCUGUUCAUGAACUGGCACAUCACUACAGAGAGCAGAAGAUAUGCUGGGCUUCUGAUGAUGGCUGCACUGCAUGCAGCAACGUGCAGGGUCAAAGACAGCCGGCCCCCCAUGUCAGUGGUCUAGGAUGGCCAGUGACGCCACCAACAUCCCAAGCCCUGUGGUGCGCCAGAUUGACAAGCAAUUUCUGAUUUGUAGUAUAUGCCUGGAACGGUACAAGAAUCCCAAGGUUCUCCCCUGUCUGCACACUUUCUGCGAAAGGUGCCUGCAGAACUACAUUCCUGCCCACAGUUUAACCCUCUCCUGCCCAGUGUGUCGCCAGACCUCCAUCCUGCCCGAGAAGGGGGUGGCCGCGCUCCAGAACAACUUCUUCAUCACCAACCUGAUGGACGUGCUGCAGCGAACUCCAGGCAGUAACGCCGAGGAGUCCUCCAUCCUGGAGACAGUCACCGCCGUGGCUGCAGGAAAGCCCCUCUCUUGCCCCAACCACGAUGGGAAUGUGAUGGACUUUUACUGCCAGUCUUGUGAGACUGCCAUGUGUCGGGAGUGCACUGAGGGGGAGCAUGCAGAACACCCUACAGUCCCCCUCAAGGACGUGGUGGAGCAGCAUAAGGCCUCGCUCCAGGUCCAGCUGGAUGCUGUCAACAAAAGGCUCCCAGAAAUUGAUUCCGCUCUUCAGUUCAUCUCAGAAAUCAUUCACCAGUUAACCAACCAAAAGGCCAGCAUUGUGGAUGACAUACACUCCACCUUUGAUGAACUCCAGAAGACAUUAAACGUGCGCAAGAGCGUGCUGCUUAUGGAACUGGAAGUCAACUAUGGCCUCAAACACAAAGUCCUCCAGUCGCAGCUGGACACUCUGCUCGAGGGGCAGGAGAGCAUCAAGAGCUGCAGCAACUUCACCGCGCAGGCCCUCAACCAUGGCACGGAGACGGAGGUGCUGCUCGUGAAGAAGCAGAUGAGCGAGAGGCUGAACGAGCUCGCCGACCAGGACUUUCCGCUGCACCCGCGCGAGAACGAUCAGCUGGAUUUCAUCGUGGAGACCGAAGGGCUCAAGAAGUCCAUCCACAACCUCGGGACGAUUUUAACCACCAACGCCGUCGCCUCCGAGACGGUGGCCACAGGCGAGGGGCUGCGGCAGACCGUAAUCGGGCAGCCCAUGUCCGUUACUAUAACAACCAAGGACAAAGACGGGGAGCUCUGCAAAACCGGCAAUGCCUACAUCACGGCGGAGCUGAGCACGCCCGACGGCAGCGUGGCGGACGGGGAGAUCCUGGACAACAAGAACGGCACGUAUGAGUUUUUGUACACUGUCCAGAAGGAGGGGGACUUCACCCUCUCUCUGCGACUCUACGACCAGCACAUCCGAGGCAGCCCCUUUAAGCUGAAAGUGAUCCGGUCCGCCGACGUGUCGCCCACCACCGAAGGCGUGAAGCGGCGCGUGAAAUCCCCGGGCAGCGGCCACGUGAAGCAGAAGGCGGUGAAAAGACCCGCGAGCAUGUACAGCACCGGGAAGAGAAAAGAGAAUCCCAUCGAGGACGAUCUCAUCUUUCGAGUGGGUACCAAAGGAAGAAAUAAAGGAGAAUUUACAAAUCUUCAAGGGGUAGCUGCUUCUACAAGUGGAAAGAUACUGAUUGCAGACAGUAACAACCAGUGUGUGCAGAUAUUUUCCAAUGAUGGUCAGUUCAAAAGUCGUUUUGGCAUCCGAGGACGCUCUCCCGGGCAGCUGCAGCGGCCCACAGGAGUAGCUGUGCAUCCCAGUGGGGACAUAAUCAUUGCAGACUAUGAUAAUAAGUGGGUUAGCAUUUUCUCUUCAGAUGGGAAGUUCAAGACAAAAAUUGGAUCAGGAAAGUUGAUGGGGCCCAAAGGAGUUUCUGUGGACCGCAAUGGACACAUCAUUGUGGUGGAUAACAAGGCGUGCUGCGUGUUUAUCUUCCAGCCAAAUGGGAAAAUAGUCACCAGGUUUGGUAGCCGAGGAAACGGGGACAGGCAGUUUGCAGGUACACUCGAUGGUCCCCACUUUGCAGCUGUAAAUAGCAAUAAUGAGAUCAUUGUUACAGAUUUCCAUAAUCAUUCUGUCAAGGUGUUUAAUCAGGAAGGAGAAUUCAUGUUGAAGUUUGGCUCAAAUGGAGAAGGAAAUGGGCAAUUUAAUGCUCCCACUGGCGUAGCUGUGGAUUCAAAUGGAAACAUUAUUGUAGCAGAUUGGGGAAACAGCAGGAUUCAGGUUUUUGAUGGCAGUGGAUCAUUUUUGUCCUAUAUUAACACAUCUGCUGACCCACUGUAUGGCCCCCAAGGCCUGGCCCUCACUUCAGAUGGCCAUGUUGUGGUUGCAGACUCUGGAAACCACUGUUUCAAGGUCUACCGGUACUUACAGUGAUGGUGGGCAGCUGGAUACUCCCUUGCAAAGGUCUUGCACUAUAAACUGGAAUGGAUUUCUCAACGCGGGACCACAUUAUACUAGACUUUUCACGCUAGGAGGAAUCAUUGGUGAACUUUCCAAGGUUAUUUCUGAAUGUAACAAUUUCCUUAAAAAGUGAAUCUCUGAUUGGUAAUUUGCCUUUAGGAUUAAAAAAGAAGUCUCUUCUACUGACUAUGAAAACUGCAAAGUUUUUCACCUGUGAACUAUGGCUUAUAGGACAGGGAUUUAUGUAGUUAAACUAAUUUUGCAAAUCAAACAAGCAUUAAAAACAACUAGAAUAUUUCAAGGUAUUUGUGAAUCCUGUGAAUGGUUGCUUUUGCACAGAGCUUCCAAAAACAAAACAACACAAAGCAAAACCUGUUGUAGUUACAUACUUUAUUUAACCUCAGUCACAAGACCGGGGAUCUUCUAACCUCACUUUUACAGUAGGUAUUACUCUUGUGACAUUUUUUGGUUAUCAAUAACUACAUUUAAAUUACUUUAGUUAAAAAUAAGUUUUACAAAGUCCUCCCAGCCGUGAUUAGCAGGCCUCUGGAGUUUAGCACUUGAAAAUCAAUGCAAAUGUCCCAUCCUUCCUGGGUUAGAUCAGAGAUCCUUUUUGUGAGUUCUCACCUUCUCCCUCCUGUUCCCCUUGUAUCAAAAAAACAAAGUACCUUUUCAGGGAAACCUGAAAUUCCUAAUGCUUUGAAAAAACAUAUACAAUAGUGAUGCCACCUUUUGGUAAACAAAGAACCCCCUUAACUCCAGAUUAAUGCACUGGAAUGUAAUCAAGAAAUGUUAGUCACAUUUUAUGUGCCAUGUUCUCACAUGUGUCUCCCCCCUUCCGCUUCAUGAGAGCAAAAGCUUUACCUCCUGCAGAAUGUCAGCACAUGUUGUAGGGCACCAGUAUCCUAGGACAGAGAGCCAUAGCAGCCCUUUGGAGGACUGAUGGUGUCGACCAAAGGCAUGUGAUUAAUUAAUGGUUUCCCCUUAGAAAGCAAGUGUUACCAAAGUUGUGUUAUCUCGAAAGCAUUACAGGUAAGGGCAUGUUAUGGUUAUUUAUCAUUGUCUAAUGACUAGUAGAGGUAUUAAAGGACUAUGUAUACAUGAUUAGGGUAAGGUAGAAUGUAUCUCAUAUAUAUACAUAUACAUAUUGCUGAUUCUUUGGUGUAUUGAAAUAGACAGCACUCUGAAAGCCUGAAGCAUUGCCCAGCCUUCAGCAUGUUCCUUUACUGCGCAGUUUUAAAGCCGUCCCAGUAGAGCAAUCCCUAACGCAGAUUUAAUUUUUGCCAUUUUCCAGGAAUGAUGGUAUCAGUUGACUUUUAGUCAGAAUAUGGCCUUCUGUGCUUCCAAAAACAAAACACAAAAACAGGUCAACGGUAAAAGUUGAACUUGAGUAUGCAUUUAAUUUAAACUGAGUAUACAUACAUUUUGAGAAAUGUUCAGAAUAAUUUAGUCAAUCAUUAACUCUGUCACUGAUACCAUAAGAUGACGUGUGGUGUCUUCCCCGUGUUUAAUUUUCUACUCAGUUCUACCAAAUAGGAUGCCAUGUUGGACAUUUUCAAUAAUGACUUUGGGAUCUUUUUCACUGAAAGCACCUUAGAACUAUAAGAAAACAUUUCCCACAUGUAUAAUUACAUGAAUGUGAUGUUUAUUGCUUAUUAAUUUAUGAUCCAGUCAUUCUCUUAAAUGGGACUGUUUUAAAUUUAGAAGGGAAAUCUAGCUACGUCCAACUGUCUAUCAAAUUUAUUAUGCCCAAAUCAACCUCUGAAAAAAACUUUUCAGGAAGAUUUGCAUUUAGGUGUAGUUUUUUUUAGUAAGGUGUUUCAAAAUAUUUGAGACUGUGCUAAAGUUACAGAAUUCAGUAACAUUUUAAAAAUGUUAAACUAAAACACUGUUUCCUAAUGGCAGUGAAAUAAGUCUUUGAAUUUAAACAUUCAUUUUUAACGAGUGCCUACUAGGUGCCAGGAGCUAUUCUAGGCACUGGUGACAGAGUGAUGGAUAAAACAGACAAAAAUCUCUUCCCCCUUGGAGUUUACACUCUAGGAAUGGAAUUUCAUUUUGCCAUUGACUAACGUUCUGCAUGAAAGAUUAACUAGACUCUUUAAAGCUCUUAGACUGUUGAAAAGAAAUUUUUUUUAAUUGGUCAAAUUGAUUUUAGUUUAUUUUCACAAGUAACAGUGAAUUCCAAUUUAGAUUCUGUCACAGGCUAUUGAUCUUACAGCUAGUUUACUUAAAGGGUUUUUUUGCAUAACACUUAAAUUAUACUUGUGAAUUUAAAAAUUAACCAGCCAUCAUACCAUGUCAGGCUUGAUGGCUUUUCCAAAAGAGCUAAUUAUUCAACAUGUUAAUCCUGGCAAACUGAAAUGAAAGAAUCGGUACUUUGAUUCAGACCUGUUCCACUAUCCGUUACUAAAACACAUGCUGUGGACACUCCAGGAAACACUAUAUUCUGCAUCACCCCCCCCUGAAAAAUAUAAUCAUAUAUGUUAAAGUAUGGAAAACACUCCACUUUUGAUACAUAUGUGCAUUUACUGUAUUUCUUGGUAAGCAUAUUUUAGGGGGAAAAGUGCUGUUGAUAAGAUAUGACUAGACAAGAAAAUGAAAUUUUGUCACAUUCUAUGGAAUACGGUGUCUGGUAAACUGAGAAGGAUAUUAAAAUAAGUGACUAUUUUCUGGGCUAUCAUUGUUUGAUUUCUCUUUGUCAAGUGUACGGAACCUGUCAUACAUUCAUGAUAAGUAGCACUGAAAAAUUACCCAUUCAAAUUUCCCUGGGGCACUUAUGGCAAAAUAUUGCCAGUUAGAAUGUAAAGGUCAGAGACAUUGUAUUCCCUCCCAAUACAGACUUCCCCUGCUGGACACGGGGAGGUAGGGAGUCACUUGGCCAUCCAGAAACACAUGAAUAAAAAGCAUUUAUGACCAUUCACCUUUUUUUUUUAAUAGUACUUAGUAUCUGGAUCAAACUUUAGUCUCCAGUAGCUAAACCAGUCCCCAAGUUUUCUUUUUUAAUGUACUCUUUGACUAGAUUUGAGGCAAAUAAAUACUACAGGUCCAUGCAACUAGAAUACAGUUGCUUCUAGUAUAAAUAUACAGGGUAUGUCCUAACACAGUUAACUGGGAUAGCAGUACAUAAGCAAGUGUUUAUGGAUCCUUAACAUUAAAGGGGUCACAUAAAUGCUGUGGUAAUGUCUACCGAGUGAAUUGGAGGAAAUAGCAACUACACAUCAGGUAAUCUGCAGAUUACUUCAAAUGGGAAAAACCUUUUUUUGUACAUUUGGACUCUAUAUAGUGUCCUCCCUCCCUACUCACCAGCUUCUGAAAAGGGAGGAGUAUUUUGAACUUAAUGAUUUAAAAAGAAAGACAUUUCCAGGCAGGCUAAAAUUGAGGUAUUUGCUGCAAACAUCGUCUAAUUUUGCUUGAAACUGAAAAGUCACAAUACCGUUGCAUUCUAUAAGUGUUGCAGGGUUUUAAACUUUACAAUUAUUUUAAUAUUUUUGAUAACUAGGAAUCUAGUAUUGCCAUAAGGAAACUAAGUGCCCAUUAAAGAUUUGUUUGGUAUAAAUAAAUAAUUAUUUGUUUUGUUUUAAAUGACAGUAAGCUACAAAUCAUGAUGUUAAUCUUAAGCUUUCUGAAGAUGAACUGUGUGGCAGUGAUUGUGUUGUCUGUGGAGAAUGUAUGGAAGCUAUUAAUAUUCUGAAAUAGAUUAAUAAAUUGGCUAUGUUGUUUCAAUGAAUGUACAGCACUUCCAUUAACUUCAAAAGCAACACAGCCUUAAAGUCAGUGCUUCUGCUUUAUGACAUGGAAUGUUCUGUCAUCAACAGAGUGUAUUCUUGUAAUGGAAUUAUUUAUAUCAUUCUCAAUUCUGUAGCCUUUCAAUCCUAUGUAUGAGUAUGAAGAUGUUUUGCUUCCUUCUUAUUUCUCUUUAAAUUUUGUACAUUCCAUCUUUAUAGGUCUGUUUCAUAUGUUUGUGUAUAGAACACUAAGUCUUGUGCUCUCUGACAUUGAUACUGAUAUAUUCUCAUCGUUUGUUCUUUUAUGAAUCAAAAUGCUGACUGCCUAUUUAAAGAAUGAACGCUGUGCAUCAAAGUGUUUGUACGUUCGUAGCUACAUACAUAACCACAGUAUUUUGGAUGCUUUAGUCUACAAAAAACUUUCAAUUAAUUCUGUCUUGAAACAUAGGAGAAACAAGAUUGAUUCACGUGUAUAUCUUUACCAUGCACAAAAUCUCAAAUCAUUAAAAUAAACUUGUUUUCUCUGUU